UCCUAAACGUGAGGAUUGCGUCACCGACAAGGCUGGGCUGCUCUCUCACUUCCUGGUUACUGCAGCUCCGGCUUUCAUACAUACGGUAGUUUUGGAAUGAAAACAAUUUCCCCUAACAUUAACUGGGUUGCAUCGGUGCAUCUAGCGCUUAGUCUUUUUGGGCUUCCGUACGUUGCUGGCACAAGUGGAUUUUGCAGGAGGAACGCCUUAAGUCGUAUUUCCAGUGUCUGUUCAUCAGCAUCUGUCUACAUGUCUCCUGCCGCACCCGUUAAGGCUCGUUGUCCGGUAUAUCCCGGCUCAGACACACACCGCUUCCUUGUUUCAGAUGACAAAGUAGACUGGGACACAGACUGGCUCCAGUACAGCCCUGUUAACUACACCGCACCCACUGUGCUGAAAAAGCCUGUUUGGGCUGACCCAGAGAUUGGUGCAUUUUCCCCGCAAUUCAAUUCUUUGGAUGGAUCUGUGGACAGGAGAAGUCACGAGGGCCCGUAUCAUAUCCAGAAUGGCAAACCACUAAAUCCACAUGGAAGAACUGGGCUGGAGGGCCGAGGAUUACUGGGAAGGUGGGGUCCAAACCACGCCGCUGAUCCAAUAGUUACCAGGUGGAAAAGGGACUCUACAGGACAGCUUGUCCUCCACACUAACUCUCAACUACCUGUGCUGCAGUUUGUGUCCAUUAAGAGGUUGGACUGUGGUGAAUGGGCCAUCCCAGGGGGAAUGGUGGACCCUGGAGAGCGCAUUUCUCAGACAUUGCAGCGCGAAUUCUCAGAAGAGGCAUUGAACUCUCUGCAAGCAUCUCCAAGUGACAGGGAAAAGAUCCAAAAGCGAAUCACUGAGCUUUUCGACUCAGCAGGUCUUCAGGUGUAUAAAGGUUAUGUAGAUGAUCCAAGAAAUACAGAUAAUGCUUGGAUGGAGACAGUUGCAGUCAAUUUCCAUGAUGAAUCAGGCAAUAGUGUGAGUGAGCUUCCACUGCAAGCAGGCGACGACGCAGGUCAAGUGAGCUGGAUUGAUGUUGACUCCUCCCUUGAUCUUUAUGCGAAUCACUUGCAUUUCCUAGAGACAGUUUCUAAGGAAAGAAAUGCCCACUGGUAACAGACAAUAGUAAAAAGUGCUCUCUGCUGAAACAUAAAUGAAGGAAAUCUUUUUAUGAGUCUAAUCU